UCCGAUUCAUUUCACUACUAACGUUUCGCUCACCUCUGUUGUGUUGUGUUGUAUUGUGAAUUAAUAACAGAAGGAAAAGAAAAACCAAGAGAAAUAUGAGUUACUUGAACCGUGUUUGGAUGGCGGCCACCGUGGCUGUGGCGCAGGGUCACACCGAUCCUGGCUACAAGUGCAAGACGGCGCUCAAUUCCAUCCACCACAACCGCAGCCGCCUAUUCUCAGGCGGAGCCCUGUCGGAUCUUCGCCCCUUGUCCGGCGUCGUGGGGUCCGAUGGCGCCGGCGCUGUGGCGGGGAGCUCUGACGUGCAGAAAAGGGUGACUCAAGCGGACGAGUCUCUGAGGAAAGUGAUGUACUUGAGUUGCUGGGGUCAGGGUUAAACCACGCGUGGCGUUGACAACGGCGAAGAUUAGAGCGGUGGCUGGAAAUGGUUGCCCGAGCCUUGUUUUCGGGUCGGGGUUGGUUCUGAGUUGACCUGACCGAGUCAGAGGGGAUGACUCGGUUGGAGAGAAGAACUUGGAAUGAUGUGAUCUUGUAAAUGAUUUAGCUAUGUAUGUAUGUACAGAAGAUAACGGGUUUUUCCCUCUCAAAGAGUGGAUGGUGAUGAUGAGAUCCGAACUUAUUAAUAAGAAUACCUAAAAUUAUUCAA